CCUGGUAGUUGGUAUCAGAACACUGUCCGAUUAGUCUUUAGUAUAAAUGUGUCGGCGGAACUGUUCGUCGCUGUGAUAGUGCGUUACUCAUCCGAUCAGUCGAAUUAGUCAAAUUUGAAUUAAGUGUAUAUCAUCUAAUAAAUUGUGAAAGUGAUACUGUCAUUUAUCAUUGUUUUUUAGGAAAUAUCUACAUAAAGAUGACUAUGGGUUAUGCGAAUCUGACGUUUGUCAAGUAAUAUUAUCACUCUUUGGCAUCUGCUGUCACAAAACUAUUAGUUUAUUAGAAUAGGAUUUAAUAAUUAUUGGCUGAUUGAUAAUGUGUUGAUAUUAUUAUACAUCACUUAGAGGAUAUAUAAUAAAAAUUGACCAAGAUAAUAAUAAUUGGUGAAGAUUAAUACUCAAGUUAUGCAGCAUUAAAGUAGUAUUUUAAUUUAAACUAAAGUUUAUGAAAAAUAGCAUGAACGACGAUAACCAAUGCAAUACUGACGUAAUAGCUUCGUGCGAUCUCGUGUCAAGUGGACAUAUUACACAUAUAUACAUUAAUCAAAACAUGAACGGCGAUUUCGAAUCUUUAGACACUAGAUUACUUGUCAAUAUGCCUAUACCGCCUUUUAUGAAUAAAGGAUCACAACAUACUAAAGGGAUAUCUAAUACUAAUGAUACUAGUGUUAAUAUUUUAAACGAUUCAAGUGCAUUUGAUUAUACAGAGGAUAUAAAUCAGACAUCACAAAUAAUAAUUGAUAAUGAACGAAUGUAUUCUUGUCAAAUACGUGUAAAUGAUGAAAGUAGCUCUAUUAAUACAAAUAAUGAUCAAAAUUUGAUACUCAAAGAGCUUUCUUAUUCAUUUUCUGAUAAAUAUGAUGAGGACUCUGACAGUAGUAAAUACUCACUAGGUGACAUUGAUGAAUUAUCAGACAACACUUUAUCAAUUAGUCAGCAACCAAGUAUAAUGAGAGCUCGUAGUGACUGCUCCAAUUGUGAUUAUUAUUCUGAAGAUGAUUAUGUUUUGACUGAUACAGAAGCUGAAGGAAUUGUUAAUUUUCUGGAUAAAAGUAAUGAUGAAGCUGAAGCACGAUUGGCUGCUAGACGACAAGCACGCGUGGAAGCAAGAGAAAUUCGCAUGCGUGAAAUUGAAAGGCAACAAAAGGAAGCUGAAGAAAAUGCAGAUAAGGCUUUUGAUAUGUCUACUGCAGAUGGAGUAAAUAUUAAUCGAAUAUCCCGUGUCACGGCUGGUAUAACAAGCAGUCCUCGAAUUCCUGGUUCCAUUACAAAUAGUUACCAAUCUAGUCGACGUAAUUCAAUUGACUCUCUUGAUGAGUCCACCCCUAACUUUCGUGAUUACAGAAUGGAAUUAAAAGACCUUGAAGAAAAAUUCCGAAAAGCUAUGGUACAAAAUGCUCAACUUGAUAAUGAAAAAGCAGCUGCUACCUACAUGGUAGAAUUAUAUAAAGAUAAGUAUACAGAUAUUGAAGAAGAAUUAAUGCAUAUAAAGAGAGAAUACAAAGAAAGUUGUAGAGAUAAUGAAAAAUUAAAACGUCUACUAUCUGCUCAAAGAAUUGAAGCAAAUGCUCUUCAACAGGAACUGCAAGAACGUGAUACACUUAUUGAAGAAAAAGGCUUAGUGAUAGUUAGUACUGAGCAAGAUGAGUGGAGUGAAAGUGAACAAUGUAAUAAAGUUACAAUUAGACGAGCUUUAGUAUCUAUGGAAAAUGCUCAAUUAUUACAAGGUGCUGGAGAAGGUUGUCUAGAUGUGCGACUUAAAAAAUUUGCUGAUGAGCGUGCUGGCUUUUUAGAAGAGAUCAGUAGACUUAAAUUAGAAUUACAAGAAGCAAAACACUUUAGUGAUAUUCAAUGUAAUGGUACAGAUUCAGAUGAUUUGGAAGAUACUCAAAAAGAAACAAAUAAAGUACUUGGAGAUUAUAAGUUUAAAUGGCAAAAAGCUGAACAAGAUAUUUCAACAUUGCAAGCAAAUGUUGCCAGACUAGAUAGUCAAGUUAUUAGAUAUAAAACUGCUGCUGAAGCAGCUGAAAAAGCUGAAGAUGAGCUAAAAUUAGAAAAACGAAAAAUGCAACGUGAGCUUCGUGAAGCUCAAGCUAAAGUUGAAGAACUUGAAACAUCUAAUAUGCAUUUGUUAAAACGUUUUGAUAAGUUGAAAAAUGCUAAAUCCAGUUUAUUAAAAGAUUUGUAAGACUGGUUAAUUGACACUAUGGACAAACUUUUAAAUGUGUAGCUAUGUUUAUAAUGAAAAUAAUUGCAAAGGAAUAACAUAGAAAAUGUUCAUAAAAUAAAAUUUUUGAGAAUAAAGAAAAAACAUUUGUUUAAACAGUUUAAACAACUUAAGACAAGCAUUUGUUUAAACAGUUUAAACAACUUAAGUCAAGCAUUUGUUUUCUAUGUUUAUUCCUAUUUUGUUCAGAAAUUGAUUAAAUUACUUCAUCAAUCUACAAUUUGUAUUAACUACAUUAUCCACAAAACAAUAAAAUAUAUUUUCUGUACCAUUUAAAUGUCAAUUUUUGUAUUGCAAUUAAGUUAUUUCAUAUUCUAUAUUUAUAAUUCUUUUUAGGGACUUAAUGUAGCAUAGUAUAUAACAAGUGCAAUAAUUAUAAUCUGUAUUAUUUAAAUAUUUAGAUUUAUAAUAUAACUAUCAAAUAAUUACAUAUAAAAUAUUACACAUUAUAUUUGAGAAAUAAUUUCAAUUAUUAAUAGUUUUUAAUGUUAUUUUAAAAUCAUACUGUCUGUCUGUUAUGAUUAAUUUUACAUCUUAGAUAAAAUUUAGCUAAAAAUCAUUUAUAUAAUUUCACUAAUAAAAGAUAUUAUAAAUUAUGUUUUAAUGAUAAAUGAGUCAAAUAAACCUUAAUAAUUAUAUCUA